UGACUGUGCCGAUGACUUCAGACUGUUCAGUUCAGUGCCACUGCCAGGGCUUUUUUUCCGUCUCUAACCCCUUUUUCUCUGACAAAAGAAAUAUAUUUCAACAGGAACAAUGCAGGUCAAUCUGUGGAAUUUAAUGUCGGUCUCCGUGAGGCCGAACUGCAUAAAACGUGUUGUUAAUCCAGCAUUGUCGGCAGUUCAACAAAGAAGGUAUGCCAGUACGUUAGAUGCAGAUAUUGUUGUUAUUGGUUCUGGGCCAGGAGGAUACGUAGCAGCUAUUAAAGCUGCUCAACUGGGUAUGAAAACAGUCUGUAUCGAAAAGAACCCAACGUUAGGAGGAACUUGCCUCAAUAUAGGAUGCAUUCCAUCCAAAUCUAUGCUGAACAACUCCCAUUAUUAUCACAUGGCUCACAGCGGAGAUUUGAACAAUCGAGGAGUCAUAGUGGAAAAUGUCAAGCUUGAUUUGGACCAGCUUUUAAAGCAGAAGGACAGUGUAGUUAAAUCUUUGACGUCAGGAAUAGCUGGUUUAUUCAAGAAAAAUAAAAUUGAAUGGGUCAAGGGUCAUGGGAAGAUAACUGGAAAAAAUCAAGUGACCGCCUUAAAUCCAGAUGGUUCAGUGGGCACUACGAUCAACACUAAAAAUAUACUGAUUGCAACAGGCAGUGAAGUGACACCAUUCCCGGGCAUUGAAAUCGACGAAAAACAGAUUGUUUCUUCGACCGGUGCUUUGUCCCUGAAUCCUGUUCCAAAACGACUCAUUGUCAUUGGAGCGGGUGUCAUUGGCCUGGAGUUGGGUUCAGUAUGGCAAAGAUUGGGCUCAGAAGUGACAGCAGUGGAGUUUUUGAGUUCCAUUGGUGGCGUUGGCAUCGAUGCAGAAGUGAGCAAAACUCUUCAAAAAGUUUUAUCGAAACAGGGAGUGAACUUUAAGUUGGGAACAAAAGUAACUGGAGCCACAAAAUCUGGCAGUGAAAUACAAGUUUCCGUGGAAGAUGUGAAGGACCCGAGUAAAAAGGAAACUUUGGGAUGUGACGUUUUGUUGGUCUGUAUUGGCAGAAGGCCUUUCACGGAAAAUUUAGGAUUAGAAGAAAUGGGAAUUGAACGCGACGAGAAGGGACGAGUUCCUGUAAAUAAUAGAUUCCAAACAGUCGUACCUAACAUUUUUGCAAUUGGAGACUGUAUUCACGGACCCAUGCUGGCACAUAAGGCUGAAGACGAAGGCAUUAUCACAGUCGAAGGCAUUGCUGGAGGUGCCGUCCAUAUCGACUACAAUUGUGUACCAAGUGUCGUGUACACACACCCUGAAGUAGGAUGGGUAGGAAAAACGGAAGAGGACCUGAAAAAGGAAGGAAUCGAGUACAAAGUCGGCAAAUUCCCAUUCAUGGCAAACUCGAGGGCCAAAACGAAUCUGGAGACGGAUGGCUUUGUAAAAGUCUUGGCGGAAAAGAAUACCGAUAAAAUUCUUGGUGUCCAUAUGAUUGGACCAGUGGCCGGUGAACUUAUCAAUGAAGCCGUCCUUGCGAUGGAAUAUGGUGCGAGUGCUGAAGACGUUGCGAGGGUAUGCCACGCGCAUCCAACGUGUUCGGAGGCUCUUAGAGAAGCCCAUUUGGCCGCCUAUUCCGGUAAAGCUAUCAACUUCUAGAAAGGUUAAUUCUAGAAUAAAAGCUCGAUACUUUUUCAACACUCAUUGUAGGUUCUACCUAGUCAACGAAGUCAAGAAGCUACACGCAGAUCAAUCGUCGUACCAUCGCUAAUGUGCAUACAACUCCGAAUAAGCUGUAAAUAAAACUUAAAAUCAUUGAUUUUAAAGGGAUACUCUAUUGUGAUAGGUAUAUCAUUGUCUUAUAAAUAUUAAUUACUGUAUUUAUUGAAAAUAUACGGAAAAUUCAUAUUACGUCGUAGGCGCAAAUAUGGGCCCAUGAGCAAUCAUCUAAUUAUAAUAAACAUUCAUCUCGAUUUUUGUUUAAAUUUUGGUUGAUACUCCAAAAAGCCCUCUUUGAAGAAAAAAAAACAUCGGGGGCUUUCUCAAAAUUUCGGAAAAUAUUUUCAUUAAAUUUUAUAUUAUUUUUUGCAGGAGUAAUAAUAAUUUUGUAGUUUUGAAUCAAGAAUGUAUUGAUAUUUAGUUUGACUUUUGUAAAUCGAGUAUGGAGUUCGUGUAACACUUUUUUUCCACUUUUUAGCUCAAAUUAAGAUUAUUUGAUCUGUUAC